CUGCCCGAGGGGCCGGCGGGGGAGGCGGCGGACGGCGGAGGUGAGGGCGGGCGCGGAGCGGCGAGCGCCCGCCGGCGCCCUCCGGAGCAGCCGAGACGAGCCGCCGCCCUCCUACCGCGGCGCAACGCCGCUUCCGGCUCCGGUGCCGCCAUCUUGCCGUGAGACAGCAGGGAGCUGCGCCGCAGCGAUGCUGUCCGCCGCCGCUGGUUACGCGGGCUUCAGGCCGGAGAGGGACUACGAGCUCGACGCCCCCGCGCAGCACCGCUUCUCACCCUACACCUUCAACGGAGGGACUGUGUUGGCCAUUGCUGGAGAGGACUUUUCCAUCGUUGCCUCUGACACACGACUGAGUGAAGAUUUUAAAAUUCACUCCCGGAACAGUCCAAAAUGCCACAAACUAACAGAACAAACAGUCAUUGGAUGCAGUGGUUUCCAUGGGGACUGCCUUACCCUCACUAAAAUUAUUGAGGCAAGAUUAAAGAUGUACAAGCAUUCCAACAACAAGACCAUGACCACUGGGGCUAUUGCAGCGAUGCUGUCCACAAUUCUCUACUCUAGACGCUUCUUUCCUUACUACGUUUACAACAUCAUUGGUGGACUUGAUGAAGAAGGGAAAGGAGCAGUGUAUAGCUUUGAUCCAGUGGGCUCAUACCAGAGAGAUUCUUUCAAAGCAGGUGGAUCAGCAAGUGCCAUGCUGCAACCUUUGCUUGAUAAUCAGAUUGGCUUCAAGAACAUGCAAAAUGUGGAACAUGUACCUCUGUCCCUGGAAAAGGCUUUGCAGCUGGUUAAAGAUGUCUUUAUUUCUGCUGCCGAGAGAGAUGUGUACACUGGGGAUGCACUUCAGAUUUGCAUUGUCACAAAAGAGGGCAUUAAAGAGGAAACCAUCCCGUUACGAAAAGAUUAAUUCAGUUCACUUGUCAACACGUAAUCUGUUAUGUACCAUUUACCUGUAUUAUGAAGACAUUUGUCUUAUUAAACUUUUUCAUGAAGUUCAA